CUUUCUGUAUGUCACUGUGGAUUAGCAGCUGCGGGCAGCUCAGCGGCAGAGGAUCAGACCACAUACUCACAGAGAGACAGAUUUAGCUUUACCGGGCGGGGGAGGGAUGCAUGUGGAGUUUUUCCUCCCGUCCUGAUGAAACUCAACCGCUCCUCCUAGCGAGCGCGAAAAGGAGGAGGAGGAACCGUCUUAUUUUUGCUCUGCGUCGGGACUCCACUUCCUGGAGGAGCCCUCCCUUUGAGGAAUUUCACCUGGGAUCCCUGGUCCCCUACAGACAGGAAGAGCAAUAGCAACACCUGUCCAAAAUGAAGGACCGGCUGGAGCAACUGAAAGCGAAACAGAAUCAGGAUGAUACUGAUGAUGAUCUGGAAAUUGCCAUCGACAACACAGCUUUUAUGGACGAGUUCUUUGCAGAGAUUGAAGAAACACGGCAAAAUAUUGAUAAAAUUGCUGAGAAUGUAGAAGAAGCAAAAAGACUGUACAGCAUUAUCCUGUCUGCCCCUAUCCCUGAACAAAAGACAAAAGAUGAUCUGGAUCAGCUCACAGCAGAAAUCAAGAAAAUGGCGAACAGUGUCCGAAACAAACUUAAAAGCAUGGAGCGGAACAUUGAAGAAGAUGAAGUCCGGUCAUCAGCAGAUCUGCGGAUACGAAAAUCCCAGCAUUCAGUUCUUUCUCGAAAGUUCGUUGAAGUGAUGACGAAGUACAAUGAGGCUCAGGUCGACUUCCGGGAACGGAGCAAAGGAAGGAUCCAGAGGCAGCUUGAGAUUACUGGGAAGAAUACAACAGAUGAGGAGCUGGAGGAAAUGCUAGAGAGUGGGAAUCCUGCAAUAUUCACAUCCGGGAUAAUGGAUUCUCAGAUUUCAAAGCAGGCAUUGAGUGAGAUUGAAGGGCGGCAUAAGGACAUUUUGCGGCUUGAAAGUAGUAUCAAGGAGCUUCAUGACAUGUUUGUGGACAUUGCCAUGCUGGUGGAAAACCAGGGAGAAAUUGUAGAUAAUAUAGAACUCAACAUGAUGCACACAAUAGAUCACGUAGAGAAAGCUCGUGAAGAGACUAAAAAGGCCUUGAAAUAUCAGAGUAAGGCACGCAAGAAAACAAUAAUUAUCAUUGUGAUAGUGGUUGUCUUGCUGGGAAUUGUAGCUCUGAUUAUUGGACUUGCAGUAGGUCUGAAUCCAAAGUAGCCCACCAAGCUGCUGGCUCUGAACCACACUCCUGAACUCUCCUUGGACUGGUAGCAAGACCUUCCCUACUGAUCCAUCACAUCACCAUUCUGUGACCUUCCCUUGCCUACCCUCCAGCCUUGCCUCCUUGGAUUCAGUAUGAAUUUGCUUUGCAGGAGGGAUCCGCCUGCACCAGCGCUACUUGUAAGAGCCACAUGAUGCUCUAACUCACUCCUUGAAUGAAGCUCCACAACCAGAAGAUUCUAAUGUAAUUUAUGCAACCAGAAACUAAUGAGACCUUGUGACGUCCUGGAGGGAACCCCCCAUAAAAUCUGCUCCUUGCCUAUCCUUCCCUACCUUCCAGCUACACCUGCUGCCUCCAGUUCAAGUUCUUCGUGAUGUCAUUUCCUGUUUUUAAGCUUCUGACCUUUCAGAAUUUUCUCCAAUUCCAAUGGAACGAACCUUAAAAAUGUUUGGAGAUAA